AAACAUAAUUUUAACAUAGCUGGCUAAAUCGUAACCUCUCGCUUUUAACUUAGAUUUGUGAAACAACACUUUUUUUCCCCGUUUUUUUUUCAAAGUUUACGGACAUGUUUGAGAAGAUCGCUCGUAGUUAUUAACUUGUUACCGGUGUUUACGGUGUCUACCACCACCCCGGUGUACCCGUUACCCCUCCAGCCCCUGGGCCCUGUCUCUCUCUUCUGCCUCUCAGAUAACCUCGAUCUGGGAAAGAUGGUGUCGUGGAUGAUCUCCAGAAGCGUUGUGCUCGUCUUCGGGACCCUAUAUCCUGCAUACUAUUCCUACAAAGCAGUGAAAACCAAAAAUGUCAAGGAAUAUGUCCGUUGGAUGAUGUACUGGAUUGUGUUUGCUCUCUACACCGUAGUGGAGACCAUCACAGACCUCACUGUAGCCUGGUUCCCCCUGUACUAUGAGAUUAAGAUAGCAUUUGUUAUCUGGUUGCUGUCUCCCUACACCAGAGGAGCUAGUCUCAUCUACCGGAAGUGUCUCCAUCCUCUACUGUCCUCAAGAGAGAGGGAGAUAGAUGAGUACAUUGUCCAGGCCAAGGAGCGUAGCUACGAGACCAUGGUGACCUUCGGCAAGCAGGGCCUAAGUAUAGCUGCUACUGCAGCUGUCUCCGCAGCUGUCAAGGGCCAGGGGGCGAUCACAGAGAAGCUGAGGAGCUUCAGUAUGCACGACCUGACUCAGAUACCCCUCGACGACGCAGCAGCCAAUCAGAUCUAUACGGCCCAUGCCGGCAACCCUGCCGUGAGCAGGAGGGCGCUCGCCGCAAACUCGACCGACAGAACAGAGUACUAUGCCUAUGAUCAGGAGGACAGGACAGACGAGGAGGGGGAACAACUUUUCUCAGAGGACGAGGCUGUCACCCAGAGAGGUCUGAGGAGGUCCCAGAGUGUCAAGAUCGUGCGCUCUAAAGCCCGCAAAGAUGCCCGUUAUGGAUCUCUGAAGAUCAAAGGAAAGCGGAGGCCGGUUCUGACUGCUGCUACCUACAGUGCCAUGUAAUGACCAGUCCAGGAGACGUGACUGCUGGCUGGUGCCAUGGAUGGGUUUCAUUCUGUAGUGCUCUACUGUUGACCAGAGCACGGUGGGUCCUGGCUAAAA